AUGUCAGUGUAUUCUUGGCUUCUACUAAUUCUAACUCUCAGUAGAACAAUUUCAGCGGCAAUUAAACUUGAAAACAACCAUUCCGAAUGUAGAAAUGGAAAAUAUACAGCCUUUUUGCGGGAUCCACCGAAAUAUUGUUAUGGUUUCAACAAAUUGCAACAACACAUAUUAUAUUCGGACGUCAAUGAAGACAUAGAUAACAUCAAAUUAGCGGAGGAAAUGGAGGAAAAAACGCGCUUCUACAUUAAACAUGAGGAUAUGGAGGUGAUGGAGGAAUUUCAGCAAGAUGAACUGGCCCAAACCGGAAAUUAUCACAAGGAGGAAUAUCUUAAGGGUUUAAAGUGUUGGAACAGAUACCGAGAUUUCUUUCCAGAGGAGAUAACUAUAGAACAAUUCUAUGCCAAACUUAAACAGCAACCACUAAGGCCAAUAAGAGUUGCUAACAAGAUAAUCCACGUCUACGAAAUGGGAUAUGGUAUUCCUUGGUAUUUACCUGAGUCGGAAUAUGAAAAAUUAGCAGAAUUGAUUGGAAGUAAUGAAGUAAAAUAUGUGGAUGUGGAUCAAUUCGAAGAGUUCAAAACACAAUGCCACAACUUAGGCGGAUUUUUGCACCAAGGAGGAUUUGUCGAAUUGUCAAGUGAAAGAUCUGCCAUGCUUCCCUAUGUAGAGAUUGUUAGUGUCAAAAGAAAUUUGCCAGAUAUGAACUAUGAGAUAAUCCUAAAGGACACAAAGCGAGAUGUAUUAUUCAAAUAUUACCACUCCAAGCCCAAAAUGCAGCCUAGCAAUAUGAAAUACCGGCCAUACUUCCCCAAACCUUUGUGGAACCCAAUUAAAUAUGAUUUUUACCAACGAAAGACACUUGAUGAUGAUAUUUUCAGGCAACCUAGAGUUGAGGAUUUAAGGGCUGAAAAAUUUAGUUCCGUAAACUUUAUGAAAUGGGAUCCAGAAAAAGAUGCUCCGUGCGGUUUUUAUAGGACUUAUCAAAAUUUUUGGCCCACGACAUAUACAGCUGAAAACAAGGAUUUGCCUAGUGUUAAAUAUCGUAAAUUAGGCAAUAGUGACUUAUCAGUUUCUGAGGUUGGAUUGGGGACUAUGACUUUUGGCAAUUCCGCUAAUAAAGAAACGGCAAUUUCACUACUAGAUUAUGCGUUUGACCGGUUUCAAAUCAACUUUUUUGACACGUCAGAGUUGUAUCCAUUGCCAGUGACGAAGGAUACAUAUGGCCGUGCUGAAAAAAUCUUAGGGGAAUGGAUUAGGAAAAGGGGUCAAAAUGACCGAGAUAAAAUGGUAAUUGCCACCAAAGUGGCUGGGCCUAGCGACCGUCUCGGUUGGAUUCGCUCUGGUAACCUAGCUAGUACCAAAUUGACUUACGAACAGAUUCUGGAUUCUGUGGAUAAUUCGCUAGAUAGACUUGGCAUAUCGCACAUAGACUUACUGCAAUUCCAUUGGCCAGAUAGGUACUACCCGAACCAAUCAAAUCCGGACUAUGAAAAUGUGGUCUAUGAUACUAGGAGAUCGUCGGGAGACGAUUCAAAAUACUAUAAUUCCGUAAUCACUGCCGUUAAGGGACUGAUAAAAAAUGGAAAAAUUCGCGCUUGGGGCCUAAGCAAUGAAACCCCCUGUGGAGUACUCAACUUUUAUCGUGCAGCCAUGGAAUUAGACGCACCACCUCCGGCAUCUGUACAACUCGAGUACAAUUUGCUAGCUAGAAAUGAUGUAGAGAAGGGGUUUGUCGAACUUUCACGGCCCCAAAAUACAGGAAUUGGAUUAGUGGCAUAUUCUCCUUUGGCUGGCGGAUUACUUACUGGCAAAUACUUGGAAUUUGUUGAUGGCACAACCAACGCCCGGUUGAUCAAAUUCCCAUCUUACAUGGCCCGCCUUCGGGGUUCAAUAGCCUCAAGGGCUGUGAAAGAGUACUAUGACAUAUCACAGGAAUACCGCUUGCCAAACCUCACGGUAAUGGCCCUCAGGUGGGUCUAUACCAGACCCUUCAUUAAUGCAACGCUCAUAGGGGCCAACGAUUUAUACCAGCUUCGUGAAUCUCUAUAUUGCGUAGACGAAGAGCUUCCAAUGACCGACAUGAUGGAGCGACAUAUUAAUCAGGUCCACUGGAAAUGGAGGGAUCCCAUCCGUAUCAUACAAUGA